UAUUUUUCAUGCAUAUUCUUAAUUUCUAAUUAUUUUUUUUUAAAUAGUGUGCACUUAAUAUAUAUUAAUUCAUUUGAUAUUAAUCUUCGGAUUGAACUGUAAAGGAAUUUAUAUGUCCCCACUAAAAAGAAAAAUUGAAGAAGUUGAAAAUGGAUCACACUCUUCAUUAGAUGAUCAUAAUCCACCCAAAGAAAAAUUACGCAAAAGAAAAAGUAGGAAAAGUGAAUCAGAACUAUUAGCACCUGAUAGGCUUGAAGAUUUUACAUAUCAGGAUAGUCAAUGCCCCCAUAACAGGCCUGUGCCAUUUAGUCAUGAUUCUAUUGCCAUUAAAGAGAGAGAGAAAGUAGAUUAUUCUAUACAAAUUACUAAGGAAAUGGCUAAAAAUGGAACUGCUCCCAGGCCUGUACGCGUGUACGCUGACGGAGUAUACGAUUUGUUCCACGUAGGACAUUGUCGCCAAAUAUUGCAAGCUAAAAACAUAUUUCCUAACGUUUAUCUUAUAGUUGGUGUCACCAACGACGAGCUAACCCACAAACUCAAGGGCAAAACUGUUAUGACGGAAGCUGAUAGAUAUGAGGCCGUUAGGCAUUGUCGAUACGUGGACGAGGUCCUCCCGGAUGCUCCGUGGGUUAUAGAUCAAACAUUCCUCAACGAAUACAAAAUUGAUUUCGUGGCCCACGAUGACAUACCUUAUAAUAGUGCGGGUUGCCAAGAUGUUUACAGGGAUAUCAAAUCCUGGGGAAAAUUUCAAGCUACUAAAAGAACAAAAGGUAUAUCGACAUCCGAUAUAGUAGCCCAAAUAGUGAGGGACUACGACGUUUACGCCCGACGUAAUUUAGCCAGAGGGUAUACUGCCAAGCAAUUGAACGUGGGGUUUUUAAAGGAAAAGAAAUAUCAAAUUCAAAAUAAGGUGGACAAAGUAAAGGACAAGGGUAAACAGUUCGUUAACAAAUUUGAAGCCAAGAGAACCGAGUUGGUCACUAUAUGGGAAGCUAAGUCUCGCGAAUUCAUAGCCAGCUUUUUGGACCUAUUUGGAAAGGAUGGAGCAUUGACAACUCUUUGGCAAGAGAGCAAAGGUAGGCUUAGGCUCUUAGCUCUACCGCCUACUAGCAACAAUUUUCAAUUUACUACUAAGCGACGUUCCAAUAGUUCCAUUAUCAACGAAUUUUCCAAAAACUACAUAAACAAUCACAAACAUUUUAUUGGUAGUUGUGAUAGUAUAAUGUACAAAGAUGAUGAUGAAAAUGAUAUAGAUUACUUUUUCUAUGAUUCUCCGGAAGAUUUCAGUGAUAAUUACGAUGUAAAAAAAAAUUAUUCAAUCAUCUCUACUCGCAGCAAAGGAGAUGCCAUGAACAACGAUAACAAGCACAAGAACAAUGGUAAGUUCAGGAAUAGGGUUAUUCAGCGUUUGGCCGAUACUUCUAACAAUUUAUUAUGAUUACAAUGAUUUCUUAUAAAAAGAGGGGGGGGGGAGGUGAUUUAUUUAACCCUUACAAGUCUCUCAAUUAUAGUGUUUUUUUAAAACAGCUAGACAAUAAUUGGAUCUUUCGAACAGGCAUUAAUCACAGUAUUAAAUAAUAAUGAGUUAAUUUAAUUUACAUGCCUUUAAAAAAUUAUCAUGUUAUCCCACAAUGAUCCCUCUAUUUAAAUAUUACUAUACUCUAUUACAUCUUUUGGAAAUGUAUAUUCUAUAUAAAUCUCCUGCUACCCAUGCUUAUGGAUAUACUAUUUUUAUACUGAAUUAUUUUUGGUCUAUUUAGGAACUAUGGAAUAUAUGUAUUAUUUAUAUCGACGUUAUUCAAAUUUGUGAGAAAUUCGAUGACCAUGCAUAUUAUAUUAUUUUUGAUAUCCCCCAAUUAUAUUUUUAAAAAAAAAUAUUUGAUUUUUUUUACUGACUUUUAUAAUAUUUUAUAUAAUACUUUGAUUUUUUCCCCGAACUUUUGACCCCAUUUAUUUAAUCCUGUUUUUUAUCAUUUAAAGCAAAGGGAAAUUUUGCACAGA